AAAUGAGGAUGAACAGUCUUAAUUUGCAAAACACUUCUCCACAAUCUGUUGUUUCUGAGAAACAAUUCACAGUAUCAACUACUUCUGUGUCCCACGUGCAGCUUGCUUGCAGCCAGCAGUACUGUGCCUUCCCACUAAAUGGAAAUGACCUUUGCAUCUGGAACACAAAAAAUUCUGAUGAACACGCAAUUGUGUUAAAAGGGCACCACCAACUAAUCACUGCAGUUACACUUAGAUAUGGCACGGAUUCAUGCCUUGUUUGCUCUGCGUCACGUGACUAUGUUAUACUGUGGAACAUAGAUGAAUGUAAGAAAAGCAUACAAAGAGGAGGGGUUCCUCGAGGCCUUGUCAUCGGAACUGUUCUAGGCGAAGUGUCCUAUUUGGGAUUCCAACAUGAUAGGAUGAUGGUUGCGGCUUGCGCAGGAAACAAGAUAUUCAUUCUUAAUGCAGAGCACGAAGAGAUACUGGCAGAAUUAACAGGGCACUUGGGCUCAGUGACGGCAGCAGAAUUUUUGGAAGACAAUCUCAUUGUGUCCAUCUCUGAAGACAGAACAUUUAAGGUAUGGGACUAUCACAAGGAAUCCUUGAUGUAUCAGUCAUCAGUGCUAUCAGCUUUUCCUCUUUUGAGUCUCUACAUUGAUGUAGAAAAUAAACAGAUGAUUACUGGAUGUGCAGAUGGACAGCUGCGGGUCUUUAGUUUGUUAAAGGAACACCAGUUUCGAUGUGUUUGCCAAACCGAUCUACAGAAGGAGAAAAUCAGAUUCUCCAGGAAGAUUGGAGAUGCUCACAGAUAUGAAAAAUUAGAUGAAUUGAAAUAUGAAUCAUCUAAGACUUCUGUCAGCGAAAGGAAAGCAGAUGAUACGAUGGAUUCAAGCCUUCCUGUGCUUUCCAUGCAGAAAUGGGAACCAUCACCAGAAGAGAAUGAAAACUCCUUGUCUGGGAUAUCGAGACGUUUGUGGAUUGGAAGUUCUACUGGUUUGCUUUUAAUAAAUAUUGCCAACCUCGAAAUUGAAGCUGUUUUAAAUUUUAAAGACUAUGAAGGCCUCAACAUACAGUUGGCUGGAUCAUGUUCAUUGUCAAGCAGUAUGGGCUAUAAGACUUUCUGUUUGCUUUCUUCAAUGUUUGGAAAUCAGAUUUCACUUCUAGAGAUUGACAACCAUGGUUUGAGGAAAUCCCAGCAGUGUGAAUUAUCGUUUAGUAGAUCACACCAUAAUUUAUCCAUUGUGUCUAGUGGUCCUUUGCUCACAUCCUCUCCCCUGUGCGCCAAAGACUGCAAAAAGCCAGCCAGUCAAAAGAAUGAUAACAGCAUCAUUAUUUGUAAACCAGGCUCCAAGAACAUGGUAAAGGACCAACCGCUUGUAUUCCACAAUAAGGUCAAGUCAUCGGGGUAUUCUACAGCACCGAGAAUGAAAAUGUUUUCUCCAAAAACUAACAUCAAGAAAACAAGUGAACCUUCUAAGGUGAAGAAAAACUCCCUAAGUAAUCUAGGAAAGGAUUAUCCUUUAAAUGCACUUGCUCCCAGCAUUCUUCACAAGCAGAUUUCAUUAGUUAACAAACCAACAGCUGUCUGCUGUAUUCAGUACUCCGGAGAUGGACAGAAACUGGCAUGUGGAUUAGCUGACAAAUCUUUAAUGGUGUUCAGUUCCAGUCUAAAUGGGGAUCCGGUUGUUUUUACAGGUCAUGAUAGAGCAGUUAAUGGAUUGUCUUGGAGUCAUGAUAGGAACUUGCUGGUUUCUUCUUCUGAAGACAGAACAGUGAGGAUCUGGAAUGCUAGGAAUGCUGACCCUGCAUUAGUUUUGGGGAAGGAAAUAUUUUCUAAGCCUGUUCGCUUCCCCCAGUUUUACUACAUGGAUAAAUUUAUUUUGUUGUCGUCUGGAGCAGAGUUUCAACUUCUGAAGUAUUCCCUGGAUGACUGCAAGGAUGAAAUAAAACGUUAUAUGAAAAAAAAUGUAUGUGAAACAAUUCAGAAGUUUCAAAUGGCGACAGCAAUGGAGAUCACUGGACUUUCUUCUGUAAACGACUUUUAUUCCUAUAUUGUACUGUCAGCUGGAAGUGACCGUACAUUAGAAAUUUUUGACCUAAAUGUGGGUUCCAGUGUGGCAGUGAUUCCAGAUGUCCAUUCAAGAGCAGUCCACCAAAUAUGCCAAAACAAGGGCUCUGCAUUCAGCACUCAACAACCUGAAGCCUACAAUCUUUUUGUCACAACUGCUGUUGGGGAUGGUCUGAAGUUGUGGGACAUAAGAAACUUACGGUGUGUUCGCCGUUUUGAAGGUCAUAUAAACAGAUGUCAGCCAUGUGGAGUUGCCAUAAGUCCCUGUGGGAGAUUCAUUGCAUCUGGAUCUGAAGAUAGAUGUGCAUAUAUUUAUGAAAUGCGUUCCAGUACAUAUUUGCAAAAACUCCAAGGGCACAGAGAUUCCGUCAUCAACGUAGCCUUUAAUCCAUCAUCUGCCCAGUUAACCACAGCUACGUUGGAUGGAAAACUACAGAUAUUUGCGUGUUGACUACUUUCUUCAGCACUGCCACUUUUCCAGCUAUGAAUGUUACAGAAUCAGAAGACGCAUUUUAGAAAGUUUUUGUAACGGAUAUCCUUAAAAACUUUUUAGACUGCAUGUGAAAUGCCUGUCCUGGUGAGCUUUUAGGACAUCGCUUAGUAUAUUUCUAUGUGAUACAUGUAAUAUUUAAUAAGAUGUUACUAAACCUGAGUGACUGUGUUUUGGAAUGAGCUAGGCCAAAGCCUCAUGCCUGACUAAACUUGGUUUGUUAGGAGUGCAAACGGGCUGAAACUCCCCACAUCCAGAUGAUCCUGUACUAUGGUCUUUGUUUCUGGAGGCCGACGGUGUCUGAGGUUGAUGUUUGGCUUGCCAUUGGCCUACUCAUCUCUAA